AUGGAGACUACAAGGAGACUCAGUAUUCAUUUAAACAAGUAUUUGGCAUUCAUACCACCCAGAAGGAACUCUUUGAUGUUGUGGCUAAUCCCUUGGUAGAUGACCUCAUUCAUGGCAAAAAUGGUUUUUAAAUCUAAUGACAGGAAUAGCAUGGAUAUACAGUGUGAAGUUGACGCCUUGUUAGAACGGCAGAAAAGAGAAGCCAUGCCCAAUCCAAAGACUCCCUCUAGCAAACGACAAGUAGACCCAGAGUUUGCAGAUAUGAUAAAUGUACAAGAAUUCUGCAAAGCAGAAGAGGUUGAUGAAGACAGUGUCUAUGGUGUAUUUGUCUCUUAUAUUGAAAUAUAUAAUAAUUACAUAUAUGAUCUAUUGGAAGAGGUGCCGUUUGAUCCCAUAAAGCCUAAACCGCCACAAUCUAAAUUGCUUCGUGAAGAUAAGAACCAUAACAUGUAUGUUGCAGGAUGUACAGAAGUAGAAGUGAAAUCUACUGAGGAGGCUUUUGAAGUUUUCUGGAGAGGCCAGAAAAAGAGACGUAUUGCUAACACACAUUUGAAUCGUGAGUCCAGCCGUUCCCAUAGCGUGUUCAACAUUAAAUUAGUUCAGGCUCCCUUGGAUGCGGAUGGAGACAAUGUCUUACAGGAAAAGGAACAAAUCACUAUAAGCCAGUUGUCCCUGGUAGAUCUUGCUGGAAGUGAAAGAACGAACCGGACGAAAGCAGAAGGGAACAGAUUACGUGAAGCUGGUAACAUUAAUCAGUCAUUAAUGACGCUAAGAACAUGUAUGGAAGUCCUGAGAGAGAACCAAAUGUACGGAACUAACAAAAUGGUUCCAUACCGAGAUUCAAAGUUAACCCAUCUGUUCAAGAACUACUUCGAUGGGGAAGGUAAAGUACGCAUGAUCGUGUGUGUGAAUCCAAAGGCUGAAGACUAUGAAGAGAGCUUGCAAGUCAUGAGAUUUGCAGAAGUGACCCAAGAAGUUGAAGUGGCAAGACCAGUGGACAAGGCAAUAUGUGGUUUGACGCCUGGAAGGAGAUACAGAAACCAGGCUCGGGGAGGUCCAGUUGGAGAUGAACCAUUGGUUACAGAAGUGGUUUUACAGAGUUUUCCACCUCUGCCAUCCUGUGAACUUUUGGAUAUCAAUGACGAGCAGACUCUUCCCAGGCUGAUCGAGGCAUUAGAGAAACGACAUCACCUACGGCAGAUGAUGAUCGAUGAGUUUCACAAACAAUCUAUUACGUUUAAAGCGUUGUUGCAAGAGUUCGACAGUGCUGUUUUAAAUAAAGAAAACUACAUUCAAGGAAAACUAAAUGAAAAAGAAAAGGUGAUCUCAGGACAGAAAUUGGAAAUAGAACGACUGGAGAAGAAAAACAAAACUUUAGAGUAUAAGAUUGAGAUUUUAGAGAAGACAACUACGAUCUAUGAAGAAGAUAAGCGCACUCUGCAACAGGAACUUGAGACUCAGAACCAGAAACUCCAGCGGCAAUUUUCUGACAAACGCAGACUGGAAGCCAGGCUGCAAGGCAUGGUGACGGAAACGACCAUGAAGUGGGAGAAAGAAUGCGAGCGCCGGGUGGCAGCCAAGCAGCUGGAGAUGCAAAAUAAACUCUGGGUCAAAGAUGAGAAAUUGAAACAACUGAAGGCUAUUGUUACGGAACCCAAAGCCGAAAAGCCAGAGAGACCCUCUCGGGAGCGGGACCGGGAAAAAGGCACUCAAAGAGCUGUCUCCCCGUCACCAGUACCUCUUUCUAGUAACUAUAUUGCUCAGAUUCCCACCGGCCAGCAGCUCCUGAGCCAGCCGCAGCUACGCAGGCGCUCUAACUCUUGCAGCAGCAUUUCUGUAGCUUCCUGUAUUUCGGAAUGGGAGCAGAAAAUGCCUCCGUACAGCACACCUGUCCGUGUCACCUCUAUUGCAAGGCGUAGGCAGCAGGAGCCAGGACAAAGUAAAACUUGUGUCGUGUCAGACAGAAGGCGAGGCAUGUACUGGACGGAAGGCAGGGAGGUGGUUCCCACACUGAGAAAUGAGGUAGAGCUAGAAGAGGACCACUGCUGCAGGGGUGAUGUUUAUAAAACAAGAGGUGGUGGACAGUCUGUUCAGUUUACGGAUAUUGAGACUUUAAAACAAGAAUCGCCAACUGGUCGAAAACGAAGAUCUUCCACAGCAGCACCUGCCCCACCAGAUGGUACAGAGUCGGAAUGGACUGAUGUAGAAACAAGGUGUUCUGUGGCUGUGGAGAUGAGAGCAGGAUCUCAGCUGGGACCUGGAUAUCAGCAUCAUGCACAACCCAAGCGCAAGAAACCAUGACCUGACAAUCUUAUUUGUGUUGGUGAUUUCUCCAGAGCCAUGCCAGGAGUCUUCUGAGUCAUCUCGCAGCUUUGUUGACUAUCACAGACCUCAGAUACAUCAUACACUGGUGCAGAUCAGAGAUCCCCCUAUGGUUCCAAAGAUAUCUAGGAUUCAGCACACUUUUUAUAUUCCAUGCCUUGCCAUAUGAACUUUUUAAUAAUGCUAUUGUUUUGUAUAUUUCUUAUAUACUUAAUAACUAAUUCACACAAGUGUUUUGUCCUGGGUGAUUAAGGAAAAAUAUAUGUAGAUCACACUUUUUUUUUGUGACAUUUCCUGCUCUUGUCUGGAUACUUAAGGUUUUAUAAACAGAACAAAUGCUGCUAUAGAUUAGCUUGCAAGAAUGCACUUUAGACACAUUUGACAAUUCAAACUUUCAAAAUAAGGAUGUCAAUAACUGGCUAAUACUAAAGCCAUUUUAGGAAGUUGUUUUGAAUUUUGUAUGUAUAUAUCCACUUUCUGACCUUAUAGAUA